AAUGAAGCUCCUAGCUAAAUUCAUUGAUGAUUUUCUUGCCUGUCCUUUCAGUUAUUUAUUAUGUAUAAUUUCUAUUAGUUUAUCAAUACAGUGAUUUCCAAAGGCAUUGAUUUCCACUGUAUUUAAGAGUAUCAGAGUAAAUUUGUUUUGUUAAAAACUAUAAUUUUUCUUCUACUUUAUACACUGCUUUGUAUUGGUUUUGAAUGUAAAGUCAAAAUAUGGCACCUGAUUUGAGAGUUUAAAAAGCUAUUUUCUGUUUUUGUACUUUAUUAUGUCCGUGACCAAAUCCUGGCUGUGAAUUUUUAUUUUGGCAGGCAGAAUCCGGAAGUUGCGUCAUGAGCAACUAUAUAAGAGUUCUUCGCGCUACAGCUGACUCAGUUAUCCUGUAAACAGUUGCAGCAGCGUCUGGAAGAGGAGCUUCGAGACUGGCAGCGGGACACCAUGACGAUAAACACACUACCCAACGGGACCACAGUGACAGAACUGGGUCAGUUUCUGAAAAACCCACCGGAGGGUUUCACCGUGAAGACCGUGGGCUCGGCUUACCAGGUCCAGUGCGGAGAAGAGAACCUGGUUUUCAUCGAUAAGUUUCACUCCGGGGAUUUUGAUGUAGUUUUCCAAAACUCACUAGGAAGGAAGCUUAAAAUGCACAAUUUGUGGGAGUAUACCAGCAUGAGGAAAAGUCUGCUGUCCAAGAGGAUCUAUGUGUUGGUUUCUCUCUGCGAGCAAAACAUGCUAGAAGCCAGCAAGAAGGGGCCCAUAAAGCCCAGAGUUCUGCAGGAGUACAUUCUGUCCAUCAAUGGUGGGAAUCCGAUGAUGAAGUGGCAGAUAGAGAAAGGCCUGGACUGGACCAUCUCCUCUGUGGCUGGAGAGAGCUACAGGGUGGAGAUUGACUUGAGUGAAAUUUUGCAGAGCUUGGCUGCUGAAGGCCUCAUUGCUGAGAACCUGAUGAAAUAUAAUCCAACAUGGAAGGAUGCCUCCUUCAUCCUGAAGUACUACUCUGAUGCCCUAUUUGACUUCCCUCACUGGUUCGGCCGCAGCAAAAGAUCAUUUCAGCUGAGACUGAUAAGAAACACAUGAGGGAGACUAUAAGGAUUGUAUCUGCAAAGUUUUCCAGCAUCUGUUGCUGCAUAUUUUAAAGAAAACUGAAGAGGAGUGUUCUCAUCAGUGAAUGAGAAGCCAAUCAGUUGAACUCUGCUGUUUUGUCAGGAGUUUGGUAUUUGAACUGCUGGCUUUGGAUUCAUCUGCUGGUCAGUGGGUGGAAAAGUACCAGCAAAGACUGAAAAGAAAUCUGGGAUGCCUUUGAGAUUAUAGUCAUAUUUUACAUGUAAAUAUAUAUAUAUAUUUUUUUUAAAUGUACAUGUAUAUAUUUUUUUCUCCAACUGGGUUCUGCAGUUUGUGCUGUACAGUGAUUGAACAUGUUUGGAAUAUUUUUGUUUCAUUUGGGUUUAUUUUCUUAAGGUUGUAGAAUAAUUUUAUAUGAUAAAAUGAAAUGACUUUUUACAUGCAAUUAAAGCCUUUUAAUUCUG